AUGAAAUCCCUCAAAAAAAGACAGUCUCCAGAGCCCAUCAGCCCUGACGUCGUGAGCACCAAGAAGAAGAAGAAGGAGAUCCCAGACAGAGGUUCCUGGAAGGGGAAAUUUGACUUCUUGCUCUCCUGUGUGGGCUAUGCUAUCGGUCUGGGCAAUGUCUGGCGCUUCCCUUAUCUCUGUGGCAAAAAUGGAGGAGGGGCCUUCCUCAUCCCCUAUUUCCUGACGCUGGUGUUUGCUGGGAUUCCUCUCUUCCUGCUGGAAACUGCUCUGGGCCAGUAUACCUCUAUUGGUGGACUAGGAGUCUGGAGAUUAGCACCCAUGUUCAAAGGUGUGGGACUGGCAGCCAUGGUUCUGUCCUUCUGGCUGAACAUCUACUACAUUGUCAUCAUUGCCUGGGCUCUCUACUAUCUCUUCAACUCCUUCACUGCGGAGCUGCCGUGGCAGAGCUGUGGGAACGCCUGGAACACAGAGCGCUGCUUCUCCAACUACUCCCUGAAUGACACCACCAACCUCACCAGCGCCGUCACUGAGUUCUGGGAGAGGAACAUGCACCAGAUGUCCGGAGGCCUGGGGGAGCCUGGCACCGUCCGCUGGCCCCUGGCUGGCACGCUGGCCCUGGCCUGGCUGCUGGUCUACUUCUCCAUCUGGAAGGGCGUGGAGUGGACAGGCAAGGUGGUGUAUUUCUCAGCUACUUACCCCUACUUCAUGCUUUUCAUCCUCUUGUUCCGGGGAGUCACGCUGCCAGGAGCCAAGGAGGGAAUCCUCUUCUACCUCACACCUGACUUCAGGAAGCUCUCUGACUCUGAGGUCUGGAUGGAUGCAGCCACUCAGAUCUUCUUCUCCUACGGCCUGGGGCUGGGCUCCCUCAUUGCUCUGGGCAGCUACAACACUUUCCACAACAACGUCUACAGAGACUCCAUUAUUGUUUGUUGUAUAAACUCCACCACAAGCAUAUUUGCUGGAUUUGUUAUUUUCUCUAUCAUUGGCUUCAUGUCACACAUCACCAAGAAGUCGGUGUCAGAGCUGGCCUCCUCAGGCCCUGGACUGGCUUUCCUGGCCUACCCGCAGGUUGUCACACAGUUGCCCUUGUCCCCACUCUGGUCAAUCCUCUUCUUCUCCAUGCUGAUGAUGCUGGGUCUGGACAGUCAGUUCUGCACUGUGGAAGGGUUCAUUACAGCCCUGAUGGAUGAGUAUCCUCAAGUCCUAAGAGCCAGGAAGAAGAUCUUCAUCGCAGUUGUCUGCUUCAUCUCUUAUCUCAUUGGAUUCUCCAACAUCACCCAGGGUGGCAUUUAUGUCUUCAAGCUGUUUGAUUACUACUCAGCCAGUGGCAUGUGUCUUCUUUUUCUUGUCUUCUUUGAGACCAUCUCAAUUUCUUGGUGUUAUGGUGUGAACAGGUUUUACAGGAACAUUGAAGAAAUGAUUGGCUACAAGCCUUGCAUCUGGUGGAAGAUCUGCUGGGCCUUCUUCACACCUCUUGUCUGCCUGGGUGUGUUCUUCUUUAGUGUGGUGGAAAUGACCCCUCUGACUCUGGGCAAAUACGUCUACCCUGUGUGGGGCCAAGGCAUCGGGUGGCUCAUGGCCCUGUCCUCCAUGUUUCUGAUUCCAGGGUACAUGCUCUACUCCUUCUUCACCUCAACAGGGACUCUCCGGCAGCGUUUGCAGCAGAUGACCCAGCCCAGGCCAGAGGGGCACGCUCACAACAACGGCCUCCAGCCCAAGACAGCCUUGAACGGGAAGAUCUCGGACGCCGCCGUGUAG